AUGCAAUCAUUAUCGGAUCAUCAUCAACAGCAAGGCAAUGAGCACACAAGCAAAGGAAAUAUUCACUCCGAGGUGUCGCACCAGCAGCAGCAUCAUCACCAAACGGACACACUCACAAAAUUAAUUUUCAAAUUAACGGGUGUGGCAAUUCUAUUUCGGUUGAUGAUCAUUUUGUGGAUACUCGUUGUGGAUUAUUUGGUGAAAGAUUAUGAUUCAUCUUCCUAUGCAGAUAUUGCAUUGAUCAAUUCAAACAACUCUACAAUCAGUAUUGGUCGUAACAUUGAUCAAUUCAGCGAGGAUCAAGCCAAAACUAUUAAUUACACUUUCGGGAAUCCUUUAUAUUACGGAAGAGGAUUUGCUCAUUGGGAUGGUGUUUUCUUUUUGAGAAUUGCUAGCAAAGGCCAAUAUGAAUAUGAGAGUUUUUUUGCCUUCUUUCCGUUCUAUCCAAUGACCAUAAGAACAGUCACUCUCUAUGUGAUUCGACCAUUCAUGACAGCCCUGACCUAUUUCACUAAUAUUCGAGAUUCAAACAACUAUGGAGAUUUAACGCCGUUUAUGAUUAGUGGUGUGUUAAUUUCGAAUAUUUGUUUUGUGAUUUCUGUUGGAAUUUUUAUCAAGCUGACAUGGGAAUUGGUUGGAAGGAAUUCGUACUACACUCAUUUUGUUCGUACGAGUGCUCUUCUUUACAUAUUCAAUCCAGCCACAGUAUUCAUGUCAGUUGUGUAUACGGAGAGCAUGUUUUCUCUCUUUUCACUGUGUGGAAUGUAUUAUCAUGUGAGAAAGAGACACAUAUUCUCAUGCUUAUUUUUCGCUCUUGCCACAUGUACACGAGGAAAUGGAAUUGCUCUUGCUGGAUUUUACAUUUAUCAAUUUAUGCUGGAAGAGUAUUUGAGGUGGAAGAACAGCAAACGAGAUGAUUUGACAAGAAAUAUUUCCAAAACGAUUAUGGCUUUCCUCAAAUAUAUUGUGUUUGGAUGCUUCAUUGUGUGGCUUCCCUACAUAACAUUUCAGGCAUAUGGAUACUAUCAAUUCUGUACAGAACAAUCCAAUCAACUUGCCUUAACAAUCAUUCAAUCUCUGAAUGAUAGCGGAGUGAACACUCACUUCCAAGAUUACCUUGCUCAAGUUCAUCCCUGGUGUCUGACAAGGAUUCCUCAUCUCUACAGCUAUGUCCAGAGUAAAUAUUGGAAUGUAGGCUUCCUCAAAUAUUAUGAACUGAAGCAAGUGCCUAACUUUAUUCUGGCAUUUCCAGUGAUUACAAUUUCAUUGUGCGGCAUAUUCCAAUACGCUCGACACAAUAAGCAAUACUUUUUGAGUCUUGGUUUUAGGGCAUCCACUUCCCAACCUCAAACACAACAAUCACACGAUCACACUGCAGCCUACUUUCUCAACAACAAAUCAAUGUUGGUGUUUGUUUACUACUGGUUCACCCUCGUUCUACAAGGUUUAGCCAUCAUGCACAUUCAGGUAUUGACACGUUUUAUAAGCUCUGCACUGCCCAUUUUCUAUUGGUUCUCAGCACACCUUGUCCUUGUUGAGAACCGAUCAACAACUGUACCCAAGCUUAUUCUUUGCUAUUUUCUAAGCUAUGCCCUUAUUGGUUGUGUACUGUUCAGCAACUUUUAUCCAUGGAGUUGA